AUGACAGCACGUGAAUGUGUACUGCAGGCAAAGUCUUUUUUAAGUUCAAUGCCUGCGGCUUCUCUGCUCUCACGUGAGGGAUUCAUCACCGUAUGUGUAGAGGCUUCUCUCGCCUUUUUGCGGGAACGCAGCAGUCAUCAUCAUCAUCAUAGGAAUAACAACAGGAGAAUAUUCACUAAUAAUAAUAAUAAUAAUAAUAAUAAUAAUAAUAACAGAAGGAAUCUAUCCAAGAGAAGAAAGAACAGUGUAGAAGCCUUAUUAACAUCAUCAUCGCCAUCAUUAUUGUCAUCUCCCUCUUAUAAACCACAACCACAACAACAAGAACAACAGGGAUCAACCUUUAAUGAAGAGGAAUUAAAACGACUACGUGAACUUGUGGAAGUUGAAUAUCAUCGUAUACGAUUAAAUAAUAAUAAUAAUAAUAAUAGUGAUAAUAAUAAUAAUAAUGAAAUGGAGGGCAAUCCAUAUUCUGCCGUGCCAGCAGCCAAAUUAGAGGCAGCGGCUAUUAUUAAACGUGUUCUUCACGGUCCAUACAAACGUGGGGAGAUAUCACGACAGGAGUAUACAGUGAUUGUACUAGCCGUGUUGGAGAAGUUAUUUCCAGAUCUCAUUGCCGUGAUGAAUGGAACGAUUCCAAAUCAAACCAGUCAUCACCAUCAUCUCAAUAAUAAUAAUAAUAAUAAUAAUAAUAAUAAUAAUAAUAAUAAUAAUAAUAAUAAUAAUAAUAAUAAUAAUAAUAAUAGAAAUAAUACUGUUGUUGAUAUGAGUAGUAGGAGUGAGAAUAAUGAUAGUGAUAACAAUGGUAUUAAUAUAGUGGAGAGUAGUGGAAAUAUAAGAAACCAUGAGGUUCAUAUGAGUAUGCAUAGAUGUGAUGAUGAUGAAAAGAUAAGAAUGGAUUCACCAGAGAAAUUACAUACACAACUGCGUCCAGAAAUAGCCGUACGUGCGGUAGAGUUAACAGAACAAUCUCUUCAUUAUUACCUCAACAAAAAUAAUAAGAAUAAUAAUAAGAAGAAUGAACAGAAUUUCUUAAAUAGAGGAUAUAGUCAAGAAGAGAAUAAUCGUAUGGAUCAACUUAUGGAUGAUAUGAGUCCACUUCCUCGUAAUCCACAUGAAAGUACAUCAACAACAACAACAACAACAAUAUCUCCAAUUCCUAUUAACUUUGAUGAUGUCUUUGAACAACAAUUGGAGAAGUUAAAACAAUUAUUGGAGGAAAAGUAUGCACUCGAUCUCUCAGGAGGCCACACCUCUAUGAACCCACAGAGAAAGCAUACAAACACUUAUAAUAAUAAUAAUAAUAAUAAUAAUAAUAAUAAUAAUAAUAAUAAUGCAGUUAAACAGAAACGUGAAGAGUUGAUUGCACAGGCGCUGUAUUGUAAAGAGAGAAUGGAAGAAACUCAAGAACGUCUUGGUUCUAUCAUGCAAGAACUUCGUGAGGUUGAACAGUCAGUGGAUAUCAUUAGAUGA